AUGUCCAAACCAUCAGAUAAAUAUGCGCAAAAGGCGCUCAACAGAAUAGACAUACUCAGAUCUCAUCUGUCCGAUGUGAAAGCUCCGGCAGGAAGAUUGACCAAGCUAUCGCGGUCACUUCGAGGCAGAAAAGCUAUCGUGACUGGAGCGGGAUCGGGAAUGGGAAGAGAGACUGCCAAAGUACUCGCUGAUGAAGGCGUACAAGUUGCGGUCCUGGAUUUGGACGAAGGUAGAGUGAAGGCCGUGGUUGAUGAGAUCAACGCUGUUCAUCCUACAUGUGCAAAAGGCUGGGUUUGCGAUGUGGCAGAUCGUAGUAGGGUCAAGCAAGUUUGCAAAGAGGUCAUUGAGGUAUUCGGUGGCCUUGACAUCCUUGUCAAUAAUGCUGGCAUCUCUGUCGGUGGAGGGGCGUUCGACGAAGAUGGAUCAUUUGAGACUCGCUGGGACAAGACCGUCGAUAUCAAUCUCACAGCUCUCGUGAUUUUUAUUCGAGCAUGCGUGCCGGCUUUAUUGAAGAGCGACGCAGCGCGAAUCGUCAAUAUUGCGAGUACGGAACAUUUUGUCACAGGGCCAGGGAAUGCUGCAUAUAGUGCAACCAAGUCCGCGGUGACAGGGUUGACUCGAUCCUUUGCUGUCGAGCUCGGCAAAUACCAGAACAUCACAGUGAAUACAAUCUGCCCAGGUGCAAUCAUUACCGAUAUGACUGCACGAAUCUCGCCUGAACUUAAAGAGUCAUAUGCCAAGCGGAGAGUACCGAUGCGACGCUAUGCCGAUCCUGAAGAAGUUGCCCAAAUGACUGUAAAUAUUUGCCUACCUGCCUCGUCAUAUCUGAAUGGUACAACAAUACCAGUGGAUGGAGGCAUGACAAUCCGACAUACGUGA